AUGCCCACCGAAACCUCCUACGCACGUCUACCCCUACGCUCCUCUCGCUACGACGACAGCGCUCUUGAGCCCCUCCACAUCGACGACGAAGGCACACCCGACGAGGCCUAUGGCGACAAGCCAAGGCCUGGGCGUUCAUCCGAGUCAUUCUUCUGGCGACUGUUCAUCGCCUCCUGCAUCGUCGCCCUCGCCCUCUCAGCCCUCAAUCUGACGGCACUGUCUGCAUGGACCACCAUCUCCACCCUCCUCCCCUCCACACGGCCCACGGCGUCAGAACUGAAGCGACCUAGCCCGUACCUAGGGCUCGAGAAGCUCGCCGUCGAGCCGUCGUCCUGUCGGAGUCGCGCGACGUUCCCGAAGAGCUUCUACACGUAUGACACGCGCGCUGGCUCGAACGCGGAGCUCACGCGGGUGCAUGCCCCCGGCGACCAGGCGACGUUGAUCUUUGGGGGCCCCGUCCGCGCCGUCGCCGACGUAUACGUGGCCGACUACGGCCUCGAGAACUGCACGCUGAAUCUCCGGCGGAACAAGGACGCAGCGCUCCCCCAGGGCGCCGUCGACGUAGAGGUCUACCUGCGACCUGCCGCCGAUCGGGCUGGCGGUGUCCUUUCCACAUUCCUCGACGUCCUCACGUUUGCGCCAGGGAAGGAGAGCAUCUCGCGCCCGUUUCACUGCGCAUCGGGUUCACACGUUUUCCUGGAGUGGCGCUGUCCUGCGAGCAACUGUCGCGUCUCUCUCCCGCUGGAAGGCGUCACGAGUAUGACGUCUACGACGACAUCGCCCUCCAAGACCGGAUUCAGAGUUACUCAGUACGAGGCGUUGCAUUGUAUCGGCGUAUAAAUUUCCUGUUGCAUGCUGAAAUGGCCAUUCGUUGGCCCCAUCACCGCUUUUUGUCUUGCGCUUGGAAUCUGCAUUUGUUUUACG